AUGGCUCUCAAAGUUGAUGAUUUGUCCAAAAUUGAUGCUUCUAAAGAAACUUGGGAUGUAGUUGUGAAGGUCCUUCGAUUGUGGUUAACUCCUAGCUACUCAGGGUCUAAGCUUCCUUCAUCUUUGGAAAUGGUUUUGAUGGACUCGAAUGGCUGUAAAAUUUAUGCAUCUAUCAGACGAACAUUGGUAUAUCGUUUCCAAAACCAGAUAACUGAGGGUCGUGUUUAUCAAAUAUCUUUCUUUGGUGUUUGCGAGAAUGGAGGCGAAUUCUGGACAACCUCUCAUUCAUACAAGAUCAAUUUCCAAAUGCAUUCCAGUGUCAGGCUCAUGUCUUCAACCUCUAUCACCGGAAACCCAUUUUCUUUCAUGUCAUUGUCUGAUGUAGUAUUCAAAGAACCUGAUACCUCAUUCCUUAUAGGUAUUUGA